AUGGGAGACAUGUUGUGUGCAAGUGCUGUCAGACCAGGAUGCUGCAGCUGCUGUUCAGAGAGAAGGGGCUCCCAACACACCCAAGGCCUUCAGCGCACGGAAGCAGCGUCUACAGCAGAGAGAUGGAGGAGCCAGAGGCCUUGGAGUUAUGCUGAUCCUUUGCAGGAGCAGGAUGCUGUGGAGAGGUUCAAAUGGAGACAAGGCAUCCCAUUUGGAGCUGCCACAUCCUAUGUACAUCUAGAGAAGCUGUGUGAAGGGUCCUGUGCAACUGUGUAUAAGGGAAUCAGCAGGAUCAAUGGUCAGUUGGUGGCACUGAAAAUGAUCAGGCUGGAGGCAGAGGAGGGAGUGCCCUUUACAGCCAUUCGGGAAGCUUCUCUUCUCAAGCGUUUGAAACAUGCCAACAUUGUACUGCUUCAUGACAUUAUCCAGACCAAGGAGACACUAACAUUUGUUUUCGAGUACAUGCACACAGAUCUAGCACAGUACAUGGGCCAGCAUCCUGGAGGACUUCAUUCCUGCAAUGUUAUGCUCUUCAUGUUCCAGCUUUUGCGCGGCCUGGCUUACAUCCACCAACAACACAUUCUUCACCGUGAUCUGAAACCCCAGAACUUGCUCAUCAGUUGCCUUGGUGAGCUCAAAUUAGCUGACUUUGGCCUUGCUUGUGCCAAGUCCAUCCCCAGACAGACAUACUCCUCUGAAGUGGUGGCACUCUGGUACCGUCCUCCUGAUGUGUUGCUUGGAGCUACAGAUUAUUCUUCUGAUCUAGAUAUCUGGAGUGCAGGCUGUAUAUUUGUUGAAAUGAUCCAGGGCCAACCAAUAUUUGCAGGAACUUCUGGUACUCGUGAACAGCUGGCAAAGAUCUGGGAGGUAUUGGGAGUCCCAACUGAGGACACCUGGCCAGGACUUUCCAAGCUCCCCAACUAUAACCCAGAAUGGUCUCCAGUGGGGAGACCUCAGAGACUCCCAGUCAUCUGUGACAGGCUGAGCAGGGUGCCAGCAGCGGAGGAUUUGGCCUCCAGGAUGCUUACAGCCUUCCCUCGAGGCCGGAUCUCUGCGCAAGAUGCCCUGCUUCAUUGCUUCUUCAGCCCUCUGCCUCCUCAGCUCUAUCAGGUUUCUGCCGGACAAUCAGUGCUCACAGUUCCAGGAGUGAGACUGCAACCUGAAAUCUGUGACCUGUUCGCUUCUUACCGAAAAGGCCAUCUCUCAAGAGGCUGGAGCAAGUUUUGCCGGGGCGAGGAGCAGCGCGUCCGCCUCAUCGCCGCGGGACCCUGCGCGGAGCCGGAGCCGCCGCCGGGCUUCGUGCACCUCUCCUGCCUCGCCGCCGCCUUCUCCAGCGGGAGCAGCUCCGGAAACUUUCGCCGAGGGAAGCGCCGCCGCCGCCGCACUGCGAGCGCCGACCCGCCGGAGCCCAGGAAGAAAGUCGCGGAGGUCCGGCGCGGAGCCGCCGCCACCGCGCCCCCGCCCCGCGGAAGGGGCCCCGCUGCCGCCCGCCGGGAGCUGAUGCCCCUGGGGCGCCGCGCCGCCCGGUUCUGA